CGUCUCUCCUUUCCAGAGAGAGGGAUGAGGAGGAUGGAGGGAUGGAGAGAAAAGGGCUGAAACAGGAGGCUGAAACUGAAACUGUACAGCUCUCACAGGCACGCAGCGCUACUGGAAAGGUACUUAACCCAGGUAGGCUUGCUCUUCAUUUAAUCUGAAAAAACAGAGUGCACUGUGUCCUUCCUGCUAUUGUGCAGUUCAUUUUAUAGUUAAAACAUAGUUAAAGUUAAAAUAUUAAUAGCAGUGUUUCUCAACAACACAUUAGCAGCAAUGUCCUUCAUAUUACCAUGGUAACACAAGGCCCCUCUGUUUUUUAGAAUGGAAGUCGAUGACUAAAUCAACAGUUAAGAUCACCCUGGACCCAAAGACGGCAAACCCCACUCUCAAGAUAUCUGCUGACGGAAGGCGAGUGAGGUCAAUCACCUUUGAGGAGAGCAAAGAAAAACGACAUGCUUGGUUCCAGCGGGCUCCUCACAAGUAUGACGGCUGGUUCUGCAUCCAGGGAACCGAGGGCUUUAGCUCAGGCAGCCACUACUGGGAGGUGGAUGUGAGGGGAUGCUCUGAUUGGAGGAUAGGCGUAGUAAAGGAGUCGGCACCCAGACAUGGCUUUACCAAACUCACCACGUCCUCAGGGUACUGGACCCUCCGUCUCCAAUUAGGCAGACUUAUUGCCCUCACCGACCCCAUCACCAAAUUAAACCAGCCAAUCCCCAGAAGAGUAGGAGUGUAUCUGGACAUGGAGGGCAGACAGGUCAGAUUCUUUGAUGCAAAGCAGAGGAGACACAUUUACACCUUCCAGGCUGAUUUUGGCAACUCUGAGAAGAUUUACCCCGUGCUUGGCACAGUGGACACCAACAGAGAGGUGGUCAUUGUGUAGAUUCAGAUCCUAGGAAGCAGAUGUGGUUCAGCUAAUACACUGUUUAGCUAAAGGAAGCUUGUGAACCAAGCAUAUACUUCUCACAUAGCUAUCUCAGUACGAGUCUUACAUAGCCGCUUCCUUUGUCUCAGAACGCAUCUUACACAGCAGCUUCCUCUGUCUCAGUGAUCUGAUAUAUGCCUCUUAUGUUAUCUUUAAUUUCUCUUUGAAGCGCAGAGAAACAGCACUAGUCAUCAGAAGCCUGUGAGGAAGGCUAAGCAAGUUUGAGGUUAUGGAGAUGAAAGCUCAGAGAACCGCCGACAAGACUGUUAACUCCAAAGUCUUGUAAGGCCAGAGAGUCUAAGCAGUAUUUUAAAGAUACUGGGUUUUGAGAUGUGAGAAAAGCCAUUGCUCGUCAUCGAAACCAUAUGGGUCUCAAACGUACCUCAGGGGAAUACUUAUACUGUACUUCAUUGCACUUUAUGUAGACUGGAAUGCCAGUUCUUAUUUCUUUACUUAAUCUUGCGUUGUUAUAUGUUGUUCCUUUUGUAUAUGCAUACAAGACAUUCUGCUUGUAUGGUUUCUACAUACAGCUGUUUAUAAACUUUUAUAAACAUAAAGUUUUUGGUGGUGUACAUGUGUGAGUGUUUGUAGUGCGUUUGUCAGUCAUACGUGAACAGGAGCAGGGAUCCAAAUUCUAUUGUAUGCAAAGUUAUACAAAAUCAAUACAUGUCAAAUUAAUAAAGCUUUAGUGUUUUAUACCAA